GGUCCUGUCAGGGCGCCGGCGUCGUGGUGCUUAGGCGGUCGCCACCUAAAGGACUUCGGUGGGGCAGUCUCGGGGGCAGCUCGUCUCCGGCCUCGCUCCCAGUCUGCUCCUCCCGGCUCGCGGGCCUCACCGUAAGGCGCGCGUGCGGGCCGGUGCCGCGGCCGUCUUGGGGCCUAGGCCCAGCCGCAGAGGGGCCGCGAGAUGCAGCCGCCGGGCCCGCCCCCGGCGUAUUCCCCUACGAACGGGGACUUCACCUUUGUCUCUUCGGCAGACGCGGAAGAUCUCAGUGGUUCAAUAGCAUCCCCAGAUGUCAAAUUAAACCUUGGUGGAGAUUUUAUUAAAGAAUCUACAGCUACUACAUUUCUGAGACAAAGAGGAUAUGGCUGGCUUUUGGAAGUUGAAGAUGAUGAUCCUGAAGAUAACAAGCCACUCUUGGAGGAAUUGGAUAUCGAUCUAAAGGAUAUUUACUACAAAAUCCGGUGUGUUUUGAUGCCAAUGCCAUCACUUGGUUUUAAUAGACAAGUGGUGAGGGACAAUCCUGACUUUUGGGGUCCUCUGGCUAUUGUUCUUUUCUUUUCCAUGAUAUCAUUAUAUGGACAGUUUAGGGUGGUCUCAUGGAUUAUAACCAUUUGGAUAUUUGGUUCCCUAACAAUUUUCUUACUGGCCAGAGUUCUUGGUGGAGAAGUUGCAUAUGGCCAAGUUCUUGGAGUUAUAGGAUAUUCACUACUUCCUCUCAUUGUAAUAGCCCCUAUACUUUUGGUGGUUGGAUCAUUUGAAGUGGUAUCUACACUUAUAAAACUGUUUGGUGUGUUUUGGGCUGCCUACAGUGCUGCUUCAUUGUUAGUGGGUGAAGAAUUCAAGACCAAAAAGCCUCUCCUGAUUUAUCCAAUCUUUUUACUAUACAUUUAUUUUUUGUCCUUAUAUACUGGGGUGUGAUCUAAGUCAUAUAUGAGUAGAAGAAGACAAUGUUACAUUUGUGUGUAGUCUGGGAAUUCUUGCUGAGGUGAUUGCAGAAAACCUGUUGCUGAUAAAAUUUUACAUGUUCUACAUGUAAAGGCAGGUUUGAGGUCUUUUUAAAACCAUAUUUUUGGUAUUUAAUUAAGCAUUUGCAGUUAUCUGGAUUUUUUUUUUUUUUUUUUUGGUCAGAAUUCCAAAUUCUGUUUGAUUCUUCAUAUUCCAGUGAAUAAAGUAUAAAAGCAUUGUGUUUUUAAGAUUGUGUCAAUAUUCACCUAAAAACUUGUGCCAAAAGCAUCUGGAACGGUAAUUAUAUUUCAUUCAAAGGGUAAAUAUGGCAGCAUCCUGAUAAUCUAAAAGUGCAAUUUUUUUUCUUUAAAAGGUUUUCUCCUGCAUCACAGAUCCUGUAGAUAUAUAUUUAUAUUUAUACAUAUAUAUUUAUGAAAUAAUUCUUAUUAUUCACAAAAUAUAUUUCUGAAUAGCCUAAAAGUUAAGAUAUUUUAAAUCUCAUGCUUAACCAUUCUUUAAUUUGGCCAUUAAUUUUUUUAUUUAUCAAUUCAAAUUUGUUUUUUAAAUUGUGUAUAAUUUAAAAAGUCUCAUACAUGCUUCAGUAUGUCCUUAUUAAGAAGUCCAACUAAAACUAAUUUUAACAGUUGCUGAUGUAGGUUUGCUUGGGUGUGCUCUGAAAAACCUUUUUUGAAUGCCUAAAUAUCUGAUUUCAGUUUCUGUUUAUCUUUCUGACCAAAGGAACAGAGGUAUAGUGGAUAUGGCAUUAUUAUCAUUGUUAAUAUGUAGAAAAAAUAGUAAUAUUUAUAGCAUCAGUAAAUAUUUUUAAGUGGUACUCCUAAGUCAUAAAAGUUGCCGAAAAGAGACCUUUAAAAUCUUGUGGUCCUGAACAAUGUUAAACGAAGUAGAAAAAAAUAAAAUGCUUCCCAGCUGUG